AAAGGACUGAGUAGGGGGUUAGAGCACGUACCUUACUUACCUCACUUGGUGAUGCUCCCCCUUCAUCGUAGCCUGUGUUGUUAAAGGCGCGCCUAAGGCGCGAGGGAAAAUGCUUCUUCCCAUGCGAGGCGGGCGCUGUUCGCCAGGCGCACGCCUAGACGCGCCUCGUGCGCCUUUGCACCUCAACGAAGGCGCGAUCGAGGCGCCGCGAUCGAUCGUGACCAAAUUUGGAUUUUAAACCAAAAAAAAUUCCAAAUCAAUGUUGUUUGGAAUUAGGGCACGGGAAACAGGAGCAGAAAACGCAGCAGAAAACGCAGGAAGAGAGGAAGGGAGGAAAAAACCUAAACCCAUUUCCGUCCGCCGCCGCCAUCGCUGAGUCGCGCCAUCACUGAGUUGCGUCGUCGCCAAGUAUGUUUUCCUUCUUUUUUCUGUUUUUUCUGUUCUUCACUUCUUCUCUUCUUCUUCGUUUUCGUCUGUUAUCAUCUUCUUCUUCUCUUCGCUUCUUCUCUUCGUUUCUUUUUCUUCUUCUUUUUUAUAUCUUCUUUUCUUCUGAAGUUCUGUUUCUUUUCUUGGUUGUGCUGCUGUCCGGUUCGUGUUCUGUGCUGCUGUCCGUCUCUUCAUUUCUUUUUCUUCUUCUUCUUUUCUGUAUCUUCUUUUCUUUUGCAAUUCUGUAUUUUUUUUUCUUUGCUGUGCUGCUGUCCGGUUCGUGUUCUUGCUGUGCUGUUGUCCGGUUUUGUUUGUUUUGAUUUCCUAUUUUUUAAUUUUUGCAGGUUGUGUUUUUGCUUCCUACUGCUGUCCGGUUUUGGAUUUUUUGGUACUAUUGUUUUGUUUUUAUUGGUUCGUAUUGGUGUUGUAUUGGUGCUGGCGUGCUACUGUCCAAUAUUUCAGUUUUUUACUGUUUUUUCAUUUUUGUUUGUCUUUACUGCUUUUUGUUUUUCUUUGAAAUGAACCUUUCUGUUUUUUCAUUUUUGUUUGUCUUUACUGCUUUUUGUCUUUAUUGUUGUGAGCUGUCCAAUAUUGGUGAUGGCGUGUUGGUAGGUUUUUGUUUUUUCAGGUUGUAGGUACAAUGCCUGAAUUGGUCAAGUUUUGCUUUUAAAUUGUUGGUACAGAUUGUAUUGUGUUUUUUUAUUGUUGGUACCAUAUUAAUUUAAUUUUUAUUUUUAAUUUUUCAGACUAUUUUCUUGUUCAAUUAUCAUGGAAGGUAGUAGUGAUACUGCAACAUAUAUAUCAAAAGAUCCGGGAUGGAAUUAUUUUCAAAGAGUUAAUCCGGAUAAUAAAAAUAAGUUAAUUUGUAACUUUUGUCAAAAAGUUACAAAAGGGGGUAUCUAUCGUGCAAAAUUUCAUGGAGAAAAAGACAGAGAAAAGUAAUCUUUCUAAACUUGCGACAUUGGACUUUGAGGAUGUAGACCCUCUUGGUGAUGAUAUUGAUAUGGAUGAUAUUGGAACUAAAGUUAUGUCGCCGCCUACAAGUACAAGUACAAGUUCUAGAUCAGUAAAUAUGCAAAAAAGGUCCCGACAAAUAGGUCCAAUGGAUAUGUAUUUUGUUCCUAAUGUACAAAAAAAAAUGUUGAAAGUAGAAAGGGUAAAGAAAGACAAACUAUGAUAAAUGAGGCAUACAAGAAAGAAUUGAGGGAAAAAGCUUGUAUGGCCAUAACUGAGUGGAUGUAUGAUGCGGGAAUUCCUUUUAAUGUUGUUAACUAUUCAAGCUUCAAAAGAAUGUUGGACUUGGUUGGCCAAUAUGGUAUAGGUCUAAAAGGACCUAGUUAUCAUGAGGUGCGGGUUCCUUUUCUAAAAAAGAUUGUUGAUAGUGUGACAAAUGAUUACAUUAAGUCAUGUGAAACAGAAUGGGCCAAGUAUGGUUGUAGUUUGAUGGCAGAUGGGUGGACAGACAAAAGGCAGAGAACAUUGAUUAAUUUUUUAGUGAAUUCUCCUAAAGGUUCGGUUUUCAUCGAAUCGGUUGAUGCUUCUGAUUAUGCAAAGACUGGAGAGAAUAUUUCAGUUGCUUGAUCGAUUUGUGGAGCGUGUAGGAGAAGUAAAUGUUGUUCAAGUUGUUACGGAUAGUGCAAGUAACAAUGUGCUUGUUGAAAAAUUAUUAGAAGCAAAAAGGCCACACUUGUAUUGGACUCCUUGUGCUGCUCACUGCGUCGACUUGAUCUUAGAAGAUAUUGGGAAAUUGCCUGAUUUUAAAGCAACAUUGAAGAAGGCAAUGAGUAUGAAUGCUUACAUUUAUGUUCGCCCCGGCAUGGUAAAUAUGUUGAGGCAAUUCACAAGACAAAAAGAGCUUUGUUGGGCGGGUAUCACAAGAUUUGCUACUACUUUUCUCACUCUUGAAAGGAUGCACCUACAGAAGCAAAAUUUAAGAAAAAUGUUCAUUUCAAAGGAUUGGACAGAGAGUAAAUGGGUAAAAGAAGCGGCGGGGAAGAAGGUAGCUAAAAUCAUCAUGAUACUUAAAUUUUGGAGCAGUAUUGUGCAUAUUUUAAAGAUAUAUUUUAAAAAUAUAUGGCCCUUUAGUCCGUGUUCUGAGACUGGUUGAUGGCGAAAGAAAACCUGCAAUGGGCUAUAUUUAUGAGGUUAUGGAUAGGGCAAAAGAAACAAUUAUGAAGGCCUUUAAGGAGAAAGAAGAGAAAUACAAAGAAGUGUUUGAGAUCAUUGAUGCGAGAUGGGAAUGUCAACUUCAUCGGCCUCUGCAUGCUGCAGGACAUUAUUUGAAUCCAGAAUAUUUUUAUUCAUACACAGAUUCAAAUAUCUGUGGAGAAGUGGUGAAUGGUUUGUUUGAAACUAUAGAGAGAUUGGUUUCAAGCGCUGUCGAGCAAGAUAAAAUCACUACCCGGCUCUCUAUAUAUCAAAAGGCAAAAGGGUUAUUUGGGAGGAAUGUGGCAAUUAGACAUAAAAGAGCAUUAUCUUUAGCUGAAUGGUGGGAAUGCUAUGGAGCAAAUACCCCAGAAUUGUAAAAGUUUGCUAUUAAAGUACUUAGCCUUGUAGUGCUUCUGGUUGUGAGCGCAAUUGGAGUGUAUUUGAGCAGGUAUGUAAUAAAUAUAAAUGUUUAAUACUAUUAGUAUGUUACUUUUAUAAGUAGAAAAUAUUCUUUGUUAUUUUAUUAUACUUAUUAUGAUUUUUAACAUUUUGUA